AUGAACAACCGCGGGCAUCUGCCGGCUGGGCAGGUGGUGCAAGGGGGUGCUGGCGCCGACAUGACUCCCACUGCCCCCAAUGGCGUGGGCAGUGUCCCUGUGCCCCCCGUCCCGGGUCCUGCUGUUCCCUCGGGCGUCCCUGGCAGUGGCAUGGGCCCCGGUCCUGGUUCUCGUCGCGGAGGCCGGCCGCAGAACCACUACCCGCCGGCUCACCACUGGAACCAGCAUCAUGUCAACCACAUGUACACUCCUGGCUAUGUGAACCCCUAUACGGCGCCCUAUUACAUGCACCAUCAGCCCUACCAGGCUGCCUACCACAUGCCGUACCAGCAUCCCCAUGCUGUCUACACUCGGUCGCCCCCAGCUAUGCAGCAUUUUGUGCCCAUGCACCAGCAGACCUAUGUGCGGCCGCCCCAGCACUCACCGAUUGUCUCGUCCUCGUACCAUCACCCGCCGAUUCCGCCUUCGGCCCCUCCCGCAACCAUCCCUCCCCCGCAGCUGCCCCAUACUCCAUCCUCGACUCAUUCCCAUGUCGUACCGCCGCCCCCUAUGACCCCGCCUGUCCCGGUCCAGAUGGCUCCUCAGCAGCGUCCUGAGCCUGUUCAGCAGCCUGCUCAACCUGCUCAGCAGGCCCAGCAGCAGCCUCAGCAGGAGACCCAAACCCCGGCCACUCAGGUCCAGCCCCCCGUGGCUCCUCCCUCUCAGCCUGAGGCCCAGCCGCAGACGGCUGCUCAGCCUACCCCUGCUCCUGAGGCCCCGGUUAAGACGGAGACUCCGCUGCCUUCUCCGGCUCCGGUAACUCCGGUUUGCGAGCCGUUCCGCCCUCCGCUGCCUUGGUACUCUGUUCCUAAGGAAGACUUCCCCCUGCGUACGAACAAGCGCAAGAAGAAGAAGCAGCUUGCUGCCACUAGUGAGGGCGUUGAGCUGCCUGAGCUGCCUGCCCCGGCUGCAGAGGCCUCUGUUGAGCCUGAGAUCAAGACUGAGGAGGCUGCCCCUGAGCCUGUGAAGCAGCCCGAGGAGGCUCCCGCCCCGAAGGCCGAGACGAAGACUGAGGCUCUUCCUCCACGUUCUGAGACUCCCUCAACCCAGGACCAGCCCUCUGAGGACACAACUUCGACCUCGCCGACUACCCCGAGCUCGGUCCAGCCGGCCAAGCCGUCUUCGACCGUCACGCCGGCUAGCUCUGCGACCUCGGCGGCGAAGCCUACUGCUCGCCCUGCCGUUCCGGCUGUUCCUGUCCUUCCUGUUCUGCCUAAGGUCGCUCCCAAGGAGGCCAAACCUGCUGUUCCAGCUGAGAAGCGUCCUGAGGCUGCCGCUGCUGCGGCCCCGGCCAAGCCGGCUGAGGCUACUGCUCCGCAGGUCAAUGGCAGUGUUACCCCCGAAAAGAAGGCUGACGAGACCAAGGAGGCUGCUACCCAGCCCGCUCAGGCUCCUCAGCCUGUCCCGGCACCUGCCCCAGCAAAGCCCAAGCUCUGGGCUGGCUUGUUCGCCAAGUCCAGCUCCAGCGCCAGCGCAACCUCGUCUCAGGUUCGCACUAAUGGCAACACUGACGGCCAGGGCGUCGCCUCUGGUCCGGGUGCCUUCUCCAAGGCCAAUGCCAACUCCCUGGCUGAGGCUAUUCUCAGCUACCAACCCGGCACGCCUGAGAAGCUGUACUUUCUGGAGCCCAGGGGCUUGGUCAACACAGGGAAUAUGUGCUACAUGAACUCGGUACUCCAAGUCCUCCUCUUUUGCACUCCCUUCUAUGACUUCCUUGACCAAGUCAGCAAGAAGGCGGCGCACAGCUUCAAGAGCGAGACUCCUCUUCUCGACACCAUGAUCAUGUUUAUGCGUGAGUUCAAAGCCAUUGCCUCGGCUUCUACGGCUGAGCUGCUGCGCAAGCGGCUCCGCCCCGAGGAGUACGAGAAGUACGGCGACCCGUUCACCCCUGAGUUCGUCUAUGACACCAUUCGCAAGCUGCCCCGCUUCUCGAGCAUGCGCCGCGGCCACCAACAGGACGCUCAGGAGUUCCUUGGCUUCUUGCUCGAGGGCCUGCAUGACGAGUGCUCGCAGGUCACUCGCAACGUGCAGUCAACCGUCUCGACCACUGCCAAUUCCUCCGUAUCCUCGCCGACCGCUGCUGCCGAGGGCGGCAACGACUGGCUCGAGGUCGGCCCGCGCCAGCGCUCAGCCAUCACUCGCUCGUCAGGCUACUCCCAGAGCUCGUCGCCCAUCACCAAGAUCUUCGGCGGCCAGCUGCGCUCCGAGCUCCGCGUCCCCGGCAACAAGAACUCCGUCACCCUCGAGCCGUAUCAGCCUCUUCAACUCGACAUCGGCGCCCCCGAAGUCCGCACCAUCAUUGACGCACUCAAGGGCCUGACCCAUCCCGAGGCUAUCUAUGGCGACUUCAACUCCCCGCGCGGCAAAGACGUCCGUGCCACCAAGCAAGUCUUCAUCGAGUCUGUCCCGCCUGUUCUCAUCCUGCACCUCAAGCGCUUCCAGUUCGAUGCGGAAGGCUACGGCGGCACAGUCAAGAUCUGGAAGAAGGUCGGGUACCCGCUGGAGUUUGAUUUCCCUCGGGAAGUGCUCUCGCGGAGUACCCGCAAUAGCAUCCUAAAUGAUAAUACGGGUGCGCCGAGGUAUAGACUGAUUGCAGUGGUGUAUCACCAUGGCAAGAAUGCUUCUGGGGGGCACUAUACUGUCGAUGUGCGUCGCCAGGAUGGGAAGGAGUGGAUUCGUAUUGAUGAUACUGUUAUUCGGAGGGUUAGGGAUGAGGAGGUUGCUGCAGAGGGUGGAGCGGAGGAGGAGCCUUCGCUGCGGUCGUUGGCUACUGCUGAUGGCAAGAGAGAUGGUGGCGUUGGUGCUAGUGCCAACCGUUUUGCGGGUAUGGAUGAGGAUGCUGGCGAUGGGGACGAGGGCGGUUGGAAGCAGGCGGCUGGUGGCAAGAAGUGGAGUAGUGUUGUGAAUGGCGGUGGUGCCCAGGCUUCGACCAAUGGGUUGAAGAGCAAGCAGCCGAAGGAGAGUGUGAGGGAGAAUAAGGUUGCAUAUCUGCUGUUUUACCAGCGGAUUUGA